GUGGUUUUUUAGAGAGAGAAACAACCGAAGGCUCUCACUUUCUCUAUCUCUCUCUCUCCUGGUUUUUUUCACUCACAUCAAUUCGUUAACAAAUCCCCGCCCUUUUAGACUGGUUUCCAUGGGCAACGGCUACGAUUGAACGGCUAAAUCGUUUCAAAGAUUCAAAUUUUUGGUGGAUGGGUCAUAACAAUGGACUACCAGGUGGAUCUCUCACUUUUGAUGAUGUCGCGAGGUUCUUCUCUCUACCCAUUGCUGAGGCCGCCUCUCUUCUCGGUGUCUGUACCAGUGUUUUAAAGAAGAUAUGCCGUGAAAAUGGUGUCCUGAGAUGGCCCUACCGCAAGUUUCAGGCAGGGAAAACUGUGGAAGAAAUAAAAAGGGAUGCAGCUAGGGAAAGAAGUAAGGGGUUUCUAGACUUGUCAAAGUCUGAAAGGCUGCAGGAUGAUGUUUCAGUGGAUAGUGGAAAAAAUUUGGCUCUUGAUGGGUCAUCAAGCUCACUUAUUUCUCCAGUUCUGGGUAGCCAACCAUACAAUGGAGACAUUAUUUCCACACAGGAUAUACCAAAAUUGCAGCAAGAAAUUCCUCAAGUGGUUCAGAUUUCACCACAACCAGGGAACAAGAUUUUACAGAACGCGAAGCAUCAUAAGAGUGUCCUUACUUAUUUGGAUGAAUUCAAAUAUGGGUUUCCAUCUGAUGGCCUAUCUUGCAUCUCUAAUAAAUGGUGGGUACCUGACAAUCCAGAUGGUAUUGACGGACCUGAAAACUCAGUUGUCAAAUAUGCAUUAUCCACCCAAAACUCAGCUAAUGGCUUAGUUGUGUGUUCUGAGGAAGCACAAAAUUCUGGCCCAACAAUAUGUUUGGCAAAGACCAAGAGAAGACAAGACUUAUCUGAUGAAGAACUUGGAGGGGCAGUCUUAUUAUCAUCGAUUAGAGAGAGAAAUACAGAAUAUGGGAGGGAAGCACUGAAGUUGGGUUUUUCUAGGGGCUAUGAUGGAUCCAAGUUAGGGGGUAGAGAGAGAGUCGUGCUUCUUAAGGCGUUUGGGUCUUCCUUGCCAAGUCAGUGGAGAUACAGCUUCCCUUGAGAGGAAUUACAUGCUUCUAACUCAACUUUGAGUUUAACGAAAUCCAAGAGAAGAACAAACUGUUCUGAUGAGGAUAUUAGAGGGACAUUCUUAUGAUCAUUGAUGUGUGUGUGUGUGUGUGUGUGUGUGUGUGUGAGAGAGAGAGAGAGAGAGAGAGAGAGAGAGAGAG